CGUGGAAAAUGUGCGUGUUUAGUGUCUGCGCGCACAGGUGAUCUUCAGUCCCGCUGCGGAUCCCGGGAAUCAUGGGGAAGCUCCAGCAGUUCGAGAUCACCUUCGACAAAAGCAAAGUGACGUACAGUCCGGGAGAGUCCAUCUCUGGUACCGUGAGCAUCAAAGUGGGCCAGGCGCUGCCCUGCAAAGCCAUCAAAGUGAACUGCAAUGGUUUCUGUGGCAUCACUACCAAAGUGAACGACACGGCGUGGACCGUGGAGGAGCAGUACUUCAACAGCACUAUCUCUGUCUCAGACAAAGGAACACUGAAACAGGGAGAACACACUUUCCCCUUCAAGUUUCUCAUACCAGCCUCGGCUCCAACAUCCUUUGAAGGCAACUAUGGCAAAAUCAUUUACAGAGUGAGGGCUUUUAUUGAAACACCACGUUUUGCCAAGGACUACAACGCUGAGAAGGCUUUCUACCUGCUCAGCCUCCUGAACCUGAAUGAAGUGCCAGACAUAUGGGGAAUCUGCUUAUCUGAAGUGAAGCAGCAGUUCACCUACAUGCUGGUGAAAACGGGCACAGUCGUCCUGAAGGCUCAGACUGACAUGAAGGGUUACACACCGGGCCAGAUCAUCCAGGUGACAGUCAACAUCCACAACCAGUCUGGGAAGAAUACAGGCAACGUGGCGGCCAGCCUGAUGCAGAGAGUGACCUAUGAGACUAAGAGGUCCAUCCAUGAUCUGAGAAACAUAGUGGAUGUGGAGGGAGGCGCCGUGAAGGCCGGCAAGGAGGUGGAGUGGAAGGAGCAGAUCAUCAUUCCUCCUCUCCCACAGUCCUCGCUGGCAGGCUGUGAUCUGAUAAAGAUUGAAUAUUACGUUAAAGUCAGUCUAAAAUCUCCAGACGUCAUGCUGACACUACCCAUCCACAUCGGGAACGUCUCACUUGACAAAAAACGGUGCCCUUCAAAAAAAGCAGCAAAUUCUUCCUCUGCUGCAGCUGAGGAUACACCAUGCCCCGGGUUGUCCAGCUCUGACGGCUCCAUCUCUGCCACCACUCUCACACUGCCCCCUCGCCCUGCCCCAAAACCGGCUCCCCGUCCCACCCCUCGCCCCAGGGUGUCUUCCCAUAAUUCCCCCAGUGCUCCUCCAGCUGCGUACGGUCUUGGAGCAGAGGGUGGGGCUCCAGUGAACGAUGGCUUCCCCAACAAGCGGCAGUCUCAGCUGGUGUCACCCAAUGCUUUCAGCUAUGCCCCCGGGCUGUUUUUCCCCCAGAACCAGCCACCCAGUGGACCUGGCACUGCAGCCAGUGGCUCCACAGGGGCCACAGCACCUUACCCAACUGAGAAUGCUACUAGCUCAGCACCAACAGCCCUCAUCCUGCCUCCAGAGUAUGACACCUCAGCUUAUCCUCAAGCUGCUUUCAGACAUCUACUGAACUCCGCAGAUCAUCUGGAGAAACUCGGAGGUGUAUGUGUGAACGCAAAUGUCCAAGUCAGAGCCUCCAGAGUUUUUGAGGACGUUCUCCAACUGGCCCCCUAAAGUCUGCAGAAUGUCCGGAGCAGUUGAUAGGCUCCACCAUCUUAUGAUGAGAGCUGCAACACAUGAAGUGGAUGAAGACCGAAGACGCUCAAACCAGGAGGAUCAUCAAUUCACUAUAAUUCACUACAAUAUCAAACAAAAUGUCCGACUGAACUGCAGUUCCUCUGGUUUUGGAAAUCGUGUCAUCAUCAUGCAGAGUACAGUCAUGGUAAAAAGUUAGAACCCACUUGGACCAAAUAAUUACCAGACACGGAGCAAACAUAUUGUAACCUGAUGUGAUUAAUUUUGAAACUAUUUAACCCCCAGAUUUUGAAUAAGUUUCAAAUGUUUCUAAAUGUACAAGAAUCAGCAUUUUGAAUUGAAGUGAAUUGACCUCAGGCCCUGCUGCCCAGUGAACAAGUAGCUUAAUAUAACCUAAUGGGGUUAAUCCUCUCCACAACUAAUCAACACUGUCUUUUUUUUUUUAAAUGUUUAUCUAUGUUUUAGUUUUGUUUGUUUUUAAGCACUUUUAAUGAGAGGAAAAAGAGGAGGAAUCUGCAGAAUUACAUUUUCUGUUGUUUUUACUGAAACUGAAGUCAAGCUUAUAAUUGUGGGUCACUUGGCAGUAGAUGACGUCUGUGAUGUCAGGUUUGAAAGUUUCAUGUAGGAACAUUGGCACGAAACAAUUCAUCUAGUAUUUAGUUUUAUAUUUUUCAAAGGCUAACAGGUGAAAUCAUCUCCAUUUGUUGAAUAUUUAAGUCUAGAGCAAAGAUGUAAUUUGCAAAGAUUCCUUUUUAUUUGCUUUUAAUCAGGAGUUUUCAGAUUUAUGACACAAUUCAGAUGUUGUUGCAAGUUGUCUAUACUUAAAUUUCUAAAGAUAUAGUGUGGAUCCAACUCAACAUCUAAAGAUAUUGACAUUUUUUAAUCAUUUGCUACUUUCAUGUCCUUGAACUAUGUUAUAAGGACGUUGUAUAUUCUUCUCAUGCUGAAUGUGUAUUGGCCCUGCAAGACAUCCCGUGUGUGUCAGAUUUUUUUUAUUUGAAUAAUGAUGCAGCAUUAUUGUGAUUGGAGGUUUUACUUAGCUAAUCUUGAUGAAGUUCACAGCGGUUAUUUCAAUCAAGAUUUUGUGCAGUACAUUUUUGUAAGAUUGUUUCAAAUUAAAUCCUUCGGACAUGCAGGAAAUACAACAUUUAUUUAUUUUCUCUGGAGUGUUUUUCAACUGCUCUCUGAAUUCCAAUAAAUCUGUUAACACGA